CUACAGUGCAAUCAUGACGGAUCAACCUGAACGCACCGAAGCGGCUGCGGAGCAAAAACAAAGCAGAAAUAUCUUUUAGUAUAUGAUAUCAGAGUCAUAAAUAAGGAUUUCUGUACGGUUUUUCAGCGCGUGUUUUUGUAAAGAACCCGAGUUCACACGACUAUGAGGAGAAAUCACCUUCAGGCUGAUGAUGUAGCCGUCGCUUAUUAGUGUCUUUAUUCCCAGUGACAACGUAACGUAAUUCCUCGACAGCAUCACACCGAUCAGAACAGGCUGUACUGUCUGUGCUGGGGGGGGCGGGGGCGCGAAAUAAGGCGAGGUGAAAUAAUCAGCUUCUGGAGAAAAGCAAGAUAGAGGAAGAUUGCGUAAAAGAAAUAAAAGAUGCCGCUCUAUGCUGAGCCAUGGGAGUGAGUUCUCGGUGAAGAUGAGCCACAGGAGCAGUCCAGCUAAAGCGUACGACUUCUUGUUAAAAUUCCUGCUAGUGGGAGACAGUGAUGUGGGCAAGGGCGAGAUUCUGGCCAGUCUGCAGGACGGGGCUACAGAAUCCCCUUAUGGAUAUAACAUGGGGAUUGACUGCAAAACAACUACCAUACUGCUUGAUGGGCGUAGAAUCAAAUUGCAGCUUUGGGACACCUCUGGACAGGGACGUUUCUGCACCAUUUUCCGUUCAUACUCCAGAGGAGCACAGGGUGUUAUUCUCGUAUAUGACAUUACAAAUCGGUGGUCCUUUGAUGGAAUUGACAGAUGGAUUAAAGAAAUUGAUGAGCAUGCACCAGGAGUCCCUAAGAUCCUGGUGGGGAACCGUCUGCACUUGGCCUACAAACGUCAGGUGACAACUGAAAAUGCCCAAGCCUUUGCUGAGCGGCUGGGUGUCACCUUUUUCGAAGUCAGCCCUCUUUGUAACUUCAACAUCACUGAGUCCUUCACGGAGUUGGCUCGCAUAGUGCUAAUGCGCCAUGGCAUGGAGAGACUCUGGAGACCUAACAAAGUGUUGAGCCUGCAGGAUCUGUGCUGCCGCUCCAUUGUCUCCUGCACCCCCGUGCACCUGGUGGACAAACUCCCACUACCUGUUGCCUUAAAGAGCCACCUGAAGUCCUUCUCCAUGGCCAAUGGCCUCAACGCCCGCAUGAUGCACGGACGCUCAUACUCCGUCAUAGCCAGCAGCGGAGCGAAGAGGAAUGGAACGAAGAAAUCCAAACUCAUCUACCCUCCCCUGAGCCCGUCACAGAGCUGUACGAGGACCACAUGCAAGAUAUCGUAGUCUGACGACGCAGUUUGCACUCACAACAUCAACCCCCAGUCACACUUCACAGUCAGCAGGGUCUCACUGAAGUGAAAGCUGCUUCCCAGUGGCUAACAUUGGCCAUUAUCUUUUUUUUAUCCAACACUUGGGAUUUGUUCAUUAUACUCUAUCUGAUUGUGAUUGCUGAAAGAGAUUGAACAGACCCAUGAAGAGGGAUUUGUGUCAAGCCAUUUCAUCACCAUAUUCUUCUUAUAUGUACAGAAUUUUUCAUCCUGUUUCUAAUUGAUGGGAUAAAAAUAUAUCAGCAUUGCGAUUCAGCUCUGAGGCCAUAAGCGAUUUUUUUUCUCGAAGUCAGACAAAGCACCAUGGCAGUGAAAGCAGUCCUGUUUUUAAAGCUUUUUUUUGUUUGUUUUUUACAGUGGACCUAGUUGACAAUACCAGCUUGUUUUCUUAUUCUUGUUCUAAUGCUCUUCAGGGUACAUGCAUUGAAAGAACAUCAGUGUUGAGAAAUGCACCUAUUUGUAUUGUGUAUUUAAGUCAUGUUGUUUGAUACAAUGUUGUUAUUAUUCUUAAUUAUUGUAAUGCACAUAAACAGUGACUAGUAUUGUAAUAUUUUAUAUGGACUGACACCAAAGACAUGGGAGACUGAAGAAGCUUAUCAAUGCUAACACGUUUUGUUACCAGUUCAACGCUAAUAUUUCAAAUACACUGCAGAUCGACAGCAAUUCCUAACUAGCUAUCAGGUUUCUUGUUUUUAAUAAAAAGUGUGUUACCGA